CGGGCCGGGCGGGCCCCAUGGGCGGGUGUGUGGGCUCCCACCACGACUCCUCGGGCAGCCUCAACGAGAACUCGGACGGCACCGGAGUUGCUCUCGGUCGUAAUCAGCCCUUGAAAAAAGAGAAACCGAAAUGGAAAAGUGAUUACCCCAUGACAGACGGACAGUUGCGCAGCAAGAGAGACGAGUUUUGGGACACAGCACCAGCUUUCGAAGGUCGCAAGGAGAUUUGGGAUGCCCUCAAGGCGGCUGCACAUGCUUUCGAGAGCAAUGAUCACGAACUGGCACAAGCAAUCAUUGAUGGUGCAAACAUAACACUACCACAUGGUGCUCUUACAGAGUGUUACGAUGAACUGGGCAACCGGUACCAGCUUCCCGUCUACUGCCUCGCCCCACCUAUCAACAUGAUAGAGGAGAAGGGCGACCUGGAGACUCUGGAUAUUCCUGAUCCCCCACCCAAUUCAGGGCACGAAUGUCAGCUUCGUUUGCGCCUGUCCACAGGCAAAGACCUCAAACUCAUGGUCCGCAGCAUGGACACGGUGUACCACAUGAAGAGGCGGCUGCACGCGGUGGAGGGAGUGGAGCCGGGCAGCCAGCGCUGGUUCUUCUCGGGCAGGCCGCUGGCAGACAAAAUGAAACUGGAGGAGCUGAAAAUCCCAAAGGACUACGUGGUGCAAGUCAUCGUGAGCCAGCCCUUAGCAAAUCCCACCCCGGUGGAAAACUGAUUUCUGCUUGUUCGUUGAUUCUUCUUUCCUCCGUCUCUGUCAUGGGGUUUGUUUUCACUGCCCACUCUCUUCUGUCGGUUUGUCCUGCUAAUGGAUUGGUUCCAAGAAAUGACCAGCAAAAAUUCCAUCUGUGAUGGAGAUCUGCAAAAACAAAAUAUAAAAACGUAAACUGGGCUUUGGGGGUUGCCUGAUCUCGUACUUAACACAACAGCAGGCAGCACAGGGCAAGGGCAAAGGAAGGGGAAGGGAAAAGGGAGGAGGGGAAAGGAAGGAGGGAAGAGACUGUAGUUCACUUAAUACAAAAAUGUAAUGAUUCUUAAAACUGUAGGUGGUGUUGUGAUCCAUAGAGCCAGAGCAAGAGAGAGCACUUUUAUUUAAGAAAAAAAAAUAUUAAAUUAAUCAAUUUCUAAAUGUUCAUAUCAGCACCACGUACAGUUGAUGCAAGAAUGGCAGCUGCCCUGGGGAGGUCCCACGCUGCGUGUUCAUGGGGGUCCUGGCUGGUGUGACCUGACUCUCCUGCUUUGCCCAGGCACGGAGCGGGGCUGGGGGCUCGGUCUCUGUCCCCCGUGGGCAGCUCCUGGCGAUGCUCAGACCAAGCAAUUGUACAUUCCAAGAUGGCAACGCAGUCCUGUGCCAUUGCUGGCUCCCGAGCUGGGAAGGCAGCCCGCCGGAGCCUUAGGCAAUAACUUAGUCAAUGUAUACUCUCACGUACUGUACUGUAAACUUACUUGCUACAAGACUGACUUAGCCCGAAGUUUACUGGCUCACUGGCACCUGAGGACUUGCCUGCCAAGUUACUGUAUGUCACUCAGAUCGUUAAGAGGCUUUUAUCAGGCUUAGCUAAGGGGGGUGAUGCGCUGGUCUGCGGUGGGUGCAUCACCGUUGUCAAAUGGCACCAGUGUCACACGUCCAGGGUAAACUGCAGUUGCACCCAGAUGCAGUGGAUUGCAACUCUGCCUGCUUGGAUCCUAGAGGGCACAAAGGUGAGAAAAAGGUGAGGAGGACCCCACAGCACACGGCUUUCAGCUUUUCGUGUGAGUGUCAUUUGAAGCGGCAGCCAGUCCUCUAGCUCUGGUGAGUCUCCAGCCAGGACAACUGGAGGUAUUCUCACCAACAUGCACCCGUGGCCCAGAGCAUGACACUGGUUUCACAGCCAGUGCUUUCCCUUCAGAAUAUAAGAGGAGCCCUUUUGGCAAACGACAAAUCCUUUUGUAGUCUCAAAAAUUUGAAUCGGAGCGUAUUUUGAGGGGGGGAAUCUAAUUUCUUAUUCCCUCAGUUAGCGAUGCUCUCUCUGUUCCGUUGGCUGCUCUGCACCCCUUUCCGUAAUGCCUUUGCUUGAGAUCAAAUGCCCUGUUCCUUUUAAACAUGAUCUCUAGUUUGCUUGACUUUUUUCAGCCAUCACUGAAAUGACUUCACUUCUUCCAAAGUCAAAUGUGCUAUUCAGCUAUGAAUAGCCUAUUUUUAUUGGUUUCUGUCUUCCCACUCUGAGUCAAUGGUCUAAAGCUACAGUUGUCCCAGCUCUAUCUCGUCUGCUGGUGAAACUGGUGGGUUACACUGACAGUUUUAAACUUACUACUUUUGUCCCUUCAUUAAUUCCACUGAACUGGGUUUCUUGGACUCGAAGGGAGUUCUUGCUCUGUGAGCAUCAGCGUAGAGCCAGGACGAGCAGAGGUCACUCGUGCAGCAUCUCGAGUCUUUCCCAGCAGGUGGAAGCAGGCGCAGGAUUUACAUUGAUGGUCGGAAAACAGAUCCACGUUCUAUAUGCAUUUCCCACCCUUCCCCAGAUAAAUACAGCUUGCUUUUUGGUCCCUGUGUUGUAUUAAGCCCGUGGUUUUCUGAGAGCUCCUUUAGCCCCAGUUUGGUGCAGGAUGACUGAAGUGCAGUGGCAGAGCUGCGUAAAGGAAAAUUAGUUCCCUGUUCUCAUAAGCACCAAAGUGACUUGGUUUUCUUUUUUUCUUUUUAAAGAUUAAAUCGAAGCUGAUAAAUACUAAUCUAUAACAAAAGUUUUCUAUUGUGGAGUUUUUUUAGGACAUAUCAUUUACUAUACUGGGUUUUCACAGCCACAUCUUUUGCAUUCCAGAGGGGGGAAAAAAUAUUUGAUACAGAAACAACUCAAAAAAACUCAGAUUUUCACUGGGCAAAGGAUGGUUUUAUGCCAGGAAGACACUACUUGUCUCAUAAGGCGUAACGUACAUCUCUGUAUAAAUGAUCUUUACGAUGUCAUUUCCCUGCAGUCCUUCCUGGGUGGGGGGAAAUCGUGAUGGAUUAAGGAGGAGCAAACCAGGGUGACAGUUCUGUAACUGUGAACACUAAAACACUACUUUUUUUUGUAGUAUAUGUUUUGUUGAUUAUUUUUUUUUCUUUUUCUAGUUUCAGUCAGGUAAUUGUCACCAUGUUCUGUUUUUGAGACUACAGUGUGUAGGAGCUGGGAAAGCUGCUUCUUUCCCUCUCCCCCCUCUUAGUCGGAAAAGAUUCAGUUUUAUUAUGCCGUAAUAGGUGACCAUGUUUUAUAUUAAUUGCUUUUAUGUCGGGGAGCAAGGUGAUGAUCUGAAGGCCGUGUUGUGAGUGGGCUUUCCAUAGAGCAGAGAAUUGGUUCAUGAAAAUAAUUUUUCUCUAACAGCCUCCCCCCUCCUACCCUUUAAGCACAUAUCUAAAACUGAAGAAAUUCAAUGGUAAAAUGCUGUUAUAGGCAAAAGUGAGGACUUUUCAACCUCUUCUGUAUAAAAUGACAGAUGUGCUGAGCACAUACCGUGCUGGAAACAAAUUCUACAAGAUUUGUAUUAGGAACAAAUUCUAAGUUUCAAAAUAUAUCUAUAUGUAAAAAGCAUGUUGACCAACAUAUCCCCUGUGUCUGACUAGAGGUUGCAAUAUACGUUGAGAGAACUGUCAUUUCUGUCACUGAAAUGCCUUGUCUUUGUCAUAGGAGGUGGUUUUUGGUGCAAAGGCCAGUGUGGGAAGCCAGGCUGUGGCUCCCGUGGGACUCGUGCGGGUUCCCGGGGCAGAGCCAGGCUCCCGGUGUGCCCGGAGGAGGAUGGAGGGACGGAGGAAGGCUCAUUGGUUGCAGAGCAGAGUAGUCACGGCUGAAGUGAGACUAACAAAGCACUAAAGCACUGUUCAGCUGGCAGCCCCAGGACCCGUGCGGGUCUCUGUGGCCAACACCAGUGGCUGCUCAUGGUGGGGAUGGCUAGGAGCCCGCUGGGCUCUGGUGUGCCAGCUGGUGUGCUACCCCCUGCCCUGCCGUGCCUUGGGUGUAGUUGAAGCGAUGCAACAGGUUUUGUAACGCACACGGCCGUGAGCUGCAAUGCCAAGUACAGACAAGUGAGAAAUAGUAAUAUUUCUGUUAUUAUUAUUUGUUAGACCCUUCAUCCCUUUGUGUCAUUCCUGAUUAGCUCUGCCUGUGAACUGGUGCCGGUAGAUAAGGUUUUUUACCACGUUAGUGACAGGUCUGUUUGACGUGAUUCAGAUUUUUAUACACUUUAUCGUUGCUUCUGCCUGACCCAGAAGUAAUAACCUGGUGAAAGUCCACGCUCCAGAACAGCUCGAAAGGCAGAGAGGCAGGAACACACACGUAGUCUGCUGGGGAGAGGGAGCUCCAGAAACCCCUCAGAUGCUGUAGGCACGUUGCUCAGUGCGCUGCAGAAGGUCGUCUUCCAAAGCUGCUCCUUCAGAGCAUCCAGCUCCUAACGGUUUCAUUGACUUCCUUGGCUCUUUGUGCAUCACAGUUUAUUGGUGUCCUCUGCCGAAAACACAGCUCGGAAUAGCUGCACUGCAAGAACUUUGUAGUUUUCAGAAACCCUUUGCUUCUCUGGAUCUGGGAAGUAUUUUUGAAAAUUAAAUGAUGCGAGUCAGCAGUGUUAUGAGUUGGGUUUUUUAAUAGACUCCCAAUCCUAAAAGUAGUAGUAACAACAACAACAAAAAAACCUCGCCCCAGGAGCAACCAAACAAAACUCAGCUCCUCUUUGCUUUUCACAGAAAGUUCCAAAGUUGCUUUGGGGAGGAGAGGAAAAGGGUUCACUGGAGCGACAAGGGAACACACGGCAACGUGGGUAACCCUGGUGAAGCAGAUGGCCGGUUGAUAAAUAUUGCUGUAGUGUGACAUGCUUCUGCAUAUAUAUCCAUUGUUAGUAAAUAAUGUAAAAACUUUUGAAAAACUAUUAAAAAAAGCCUAUCUUAGUUUGUUACAAUGGUGGGAUGCUUUUAGCCAUGGAGUUUUGAAAGCAUUUUAGCCGUGUAAGUGUUGACGAAUUGAAUGCUGUACGUUUCUCCAAUUCUGUCUUCUUCAGAAGCAUUAAGUGGUAGCUACAUUUCUGACUCUUGAUCUGUAUUUUACAAACUCUUUUCUAUGUCACUGUAAAUACAUCCAAGGCCCUGCACCUUAUGCAGAGAAUGUUUACAUUUAAAAAAAAAAAAAAAGAUUUUGUUGGCUUUUUCA